UUCUCGCGUGCUGUCAUUGGUCCAUUAUUGGAAAAGCACAGGGACCCCCGGGCGGCGGUUGCGGAGCCGAGUCCGAGUGCCCGCGCAGCAGCUGGCAGGCAGGCAGGGGCGUCUGGGACUCCCUGGACAGGGUAAAGGGCGAUGACCACGGCGGCCGGCUGUGGCUUGGGCUUUGGCUCGGUGUCCUGGUGGGGCUUGUCGCCGGCGCUGGACCUGCAGGCGGAGACUCCUCUGGUGGACCCAGACUCGCAAGCUGAUACCAAGUCCAAGAUCCCUGACCUGGACGUGCUGAUGUUGGGCUCUGUGGAUGGCAGACACCUGCUCCGGACUCUGGCCCGAGCCUCUCUCUGGCCACCCAGGAGAUUCAAUUUCUACGUGUUGGAGAACAAUCUGGAAGCCGUGGCGCGGCACAUGCUGAUCUUCAGCCUGGCCCUGGAGGACCCUGAGAAGAUGGGGUUGCAAGAGAAGAGCGAGACCUUUCUGGAGGUGUGGGGGAACGCGCUGCUGCGCCCAGCGGCCGCCGCCUUUGUGCGCACCCAGGCACACCUGCUGGCACAACUGGUCCCGGAGCCCGACCGUCUGGUGGAGCAGCUGCCCUGGCUCGACUUGGGCACGCUCAAGUUCCGCGAGCGAGACGUCCUGGAGGCCGUAUUCCGCUUCUGGGCCGGCGGGGAGAAGGGGCCGCAGGCCUUCCCCAUGCGCCGCCUCUGGGACUCGCGGCUGCGCCACUACCUGGGCUCCCGCUACGACGCGCGGCACGGCGUCAGCGACUGGGACCUGCGCAUGAAACUGCACGACCGAGGGGCGCAGGUCAUCCACACGCACGAGUUCCGACGCUGGCGGGACACGGGGGUCGCCUUUGAGCUCAGAGACUCCAGUGCCUACCACGUGCCCAACCGAACCCUGGCGUCCAGCCGCGUCCUGAGCCACAGCGGGGAGCGCAUGGUAGCACGCGGGUACUGGGGGGACAUCGCCACAGGACCCUUCGUGGCCUUUGGCAUUGAGGCCGACGACAAGGAUCUCUUGCGGACCCGCAAUGGACAGCCGAUCAAGACCGCCGGGGAGAUCACACAGCACAACGUGACAGAGCUGCUCCGGGAGAUGGCCGCCUGGAGGUGCCCAGCAGCCGCCCGGGAGGACCUGACCGGGACACACGGGGCACAGCCGAGAAGCCCGGAGCCGCCGGCCGCAGCCCCCGCCCGGGAGUCCUUCACUGUCCACUUCCUGCCGCUCGGCUCUGCCCAGGCGCUCCACCUCAAGGGCUGCUACCGUGGCCGGUUCCAGCUGCUCUACGUGGCCUGCGGGAUGACCCAUCUGCUCAGUCCCGAGCUGGGGGCCUGCUUGGCCCCUGGGGGGAACCUGGUUGUGGAGUUGGCCCGGUACCUGGUGGACCUGAGGCAGCCGCAGCUGCAGGGUUUGUGUUCGCGCGUCAGGGAACAGGCCCAGGCGGCGGGAUUCGUCCCGCAGAACCAAGUCAGCCCCUCGGACACCUUCGCGCGCUUCUGCAAGCUCCGGGAUCCUGCUCCCUGCUGCGGCGACCCCGCCCCUGCUACUGCCCAGUCAACCCCGCCCCCUGGAGCCCUGACCCCGCCUCCCCAAGCAAAGACCCCGCCCCUAGGUGACCUGGCCCCGCCUCCCGAAGCAAGGACCCCACCCUGUGAGGGCCUUUUCCCGCCCCUAGAUGGUCUGGUCCCGCCUCCUGAAGUAGAGUCCACGCAGUGA